AAAAACAAAGAGUGAAAAGCAUAUAAGAAGAUCAGAUAGAAGAAUGGAGGUAGCACAGGUACUGCGCAUGAACGGUGGUGCUGGAAAAACAAGCUAUGCAAACAACUCCUUUGUUCAGAAAAAGGCUAUUACUUUAUCGAAGCCCAUAAGAGAGGAAGCCAUUAUUAGUUUGUAUAGCAACACACUCCCGAGAAGCUUGGCAAUUGCAGAUUUGGGUUGCUCUUCUGGACCAAACACUUUCUCUGUGGUGUCUGAACUCAUCAAGACCCUGGAGAAGCUUUGUCGGAAGCUGAACCAUAAAUCUCCAGAGUACAGGGUGUUUCUGAAUGAUCUUCCUGGGAAUGACUUCAACAGCAUCUUUAAUUCCCUUGACAACUUUAAAGAGAAAUUGCAAACAGAAGUGAAAGGUGGGAUUGGUCCAUGCUACUUCUCCGGAGUUCCGGGUUCUUUCUAUGGCAGGGUUUUCCCAGAUCAAAGUCUUCAUUUUGUUCAUUCCUCUUACAGCCUUCAAUGGCUAUCUAAGGUUCCUGAGGGUAUAGAGAACAACAGGGGGAACCUUUAUAUAGGAAGAACAAGCCCACCAGAUGUUGCGAGAGCUUACUACCACCAAUUUCAAAGAGAUUUCUCUUGUUUUCUCAAAUGUCGUGCGGAGGAACUGGUUGAAGAAGGUCGUAUGGUUCUCACAAUUUUGGGAAGAAGAAACGAUGCCAAGGAUCCAGCUAGCAUGGAGGGUGGCUACCUUAUUUGGGAGCUUAUGGCUAUGGCUCUUAGUGAAAUGUGUGUGCAGGGAAUAAUAAAGGAAGAGCAAUUGGAUAGUCUUAACAUCCCACAGUACACUCCAUCACCAUCUGAAGUGAAAUUGGAAGUUCUUAAAGAAGGGUCGUUUAUGAUCAAUCGUGUAGAGGUGUGCCAGGUCAAUUGGAAUCCUCUUGAAGAUUGGAACGCUCUUGAGUUUGAAUAUGAAAGGUCUGAAUCACUUAGUGAGAGUGGAUAUAACCUGGCACAGUGCAUGAGGUCUGUGGCGGAACCUAUGCUGGUUAGCCACUUUGGUGGACAUAUCAUUGAAGAGGUUUUCAGCCGUUUCCAGAAAAUUCUGGCCGAUCGUAUGUCUAAGUGUAAAACUGAGUUCAGUAACAUUACGAUAUCGAUGACUAGGAAAGCAUAGCCAGAAGUUUGCAUCUAGGGUUUCUCAAAUGCAUUAUAUAUAUUGUAGUUGUUGUGUUGAAGAAAAAUAAUUAGUAUACUAGUGUUGGGUUUUUUCAAUUAGACAUAUUAUUAAUAAUCUUUUUGAGACUUAGUAUCUA